CGUCCAUUGCUCAGCGGGUGUAGAUGUGGAUGGCAGAUGAGGGCAUACGGGACACGAGAGCGCCCGCGGGUGGCCAGCGACAGCGGAUGAACGAUGCAGAGAGGGACGAGAUUCAGGAUGCCCUCGAUGAGGAGGAGGGCCGCGAGGGUGGGGCCAGGGAGGGGGGGGUGGCAGACGAGGGAGUCGGAGAGCUUGACCUGCCAGGGGAGGAGGUGGUGAUGACGUCGAGAGGCAUCGGUCAAGCGGGUCAUGCUCCUAGGGCGCCGCGACCUGAGUUGGAUCGCGCGAGGAGGGAGAAGAGGGCAGUGGGGGAGGCUGGCGUCGAGGUGCGAGACACGGGCAGGGAGAAGAGGGCUCGAAAGACCACAAUUGACGAGAUGUAUGCCAAGGAGAAGUUGGCGGAGUUCACAGACGCGUGGCUGCAAUGGAUCUACGUGAAGGGGUUGCCAUUCAACGCCUUCCGUGGUUCGGAGUUUCAGAAGAGGGCGAAGGUGGCGACGAUGGUGAGCGAGGUACGCGCCGCUUUUCGGCACAGCGGUGCCACCAUCCUCUCCGACGGGAGGAAGUCGCGCAGCGGCAAGCCGCUCGUGAACUUCCUUGCCGGGGGCGCCAAUGGCGCCCUGCUAUACGCCGUCGUCGCACGCGACGGGUCGGUCCGAGACACCGAGGACAUUGUGUACCGUAGGUGGCGGGCAAUCAUCUUGUCCUUUCCUGCAAAGGACGUGAUCGACUUCUGCACUAACUCCGCUAGUAACUAUACGGCAGCAGCGCGCAGAUUCGCUACUGACCCCGAGCCCGACAUUAGGAGGAUCACUUGGCUCCCCUGCUCCACCCAUGUCUGCAACUUGAUGUUGUCAGAUAUCGGGACGCGAGUGGGGUGGGUCAAGGACACCAUCAUCCGUGCUCGAGCGCUUGUGCGAUUUAUUAACUCGCACGGCGCUGGUCACGCCCUAUUUAGGAAGGUGAGCCCUCGCGUUCAGCUCGUCGAGCCCGUUGAGACACGGUUCGCAUCGGGUUUCUUGAUGCUGACGUGUCUCAAAGGCCGACGAGACGCGUUGGAGAGCAUGUUGCAUGAGGAUGCUUGGGCACGCAUCCCGUGGGAGCGCAGGCAUGUAUCUCAGGCGCAGUGGGUGCAGCAGCAGAUCCGGGACAGGGAGUUUUGGCGGUGUGUCCAGUACGCCAUCCUUGUCAUGUCGCCCGUCCACCAGCUGUUGCGCAGGAUGGAUAAGGGGGGAAUGAUGAUGUCCGUCGUUUACGAGUGGAGUCAGCAUGUGUUGCAGUUGAUGAGGAGGGUGGACGUGCCGGAGGACAUGAUCGAGCCGUGCGUGCGUGAGGUUGCCAUCCGCAACCUCCACAUGCUAGAGCCUGCACAUGACGCGGCCCACCUUCUCAACCCUCGUCGACGGUCCCUCACGUAUUACCAUUCGUUGGAGACGACCGCCGACGACCGUCGUGUGGUCGAGGAGUGGGAAAGAUUCUUUCUGGCGCAGACCGGCGGCGAUCCGGUCGGCAGAUUGUACAGGACCGUGAGGGACCAGAUGAAAGCGUUCCACUCGAGGCGAGGGGAUUGGGGAGGUGACCUCUCCGAUGCCGAGGCGGACGAUUGCAGGGGGGACAGCGAGACCGAGCGAUGUGCAGCGUGGUGGUUUGAGCAUGGACGUGCCCACCCUGAGUUGCGCACCAUCGCCAUCCGUGUCAUGCACUUGUGGACGUCUGCCUCUCCAGCGGAGAGGAACUGGGCGCAGCACGAGCGCAUCAACAUGGCGAGGCGCUGCAAGCUUGGGGUGGUGGCUACGUGUUGCCAUGGGUUAUGGGGACCGGGGGGGGGGGGAACGGCGGCAGAGGACGAGGAUGAGGACGAAGAUGUGGAGCCCGAGGUGUGGGGAGCGCGACCUGCUGGCAGUGUUCCAGAGGUGGAGAUGGAGCGGCAGAUUGUCGCUUUCCAGCAUAGCCGACCGUCCAAAGCCCAUUCGGUUCGGGACGUGUUCGGCAUCAGGGCGACGGAGCUGCGACCGUGGCCAGAGGGUGGGGAUGAUAUGGACGCUGCGGCGGCAGACAACGAUAUCGACGAGGAGUGGACAGAUGACGAUGACACGCUGAGUAGCGACCCGACGGCUGAGCGGGUUUAUUUUACUUACGGUGGGGGUCGUGACGACAUGGAUUUAUUCACAUCAAAUAUCACUGGUGGUGCGCCGUCGACCGCACAGGCGAGUGGCAGCAACAGAGCCGGUGGUGGUCGUGGAGAACAUUCGCAUGCGGAGGUUCGCGUCGACGACUCGGGGGAGCAGCAGCCACGGGGAGGUCUUCAGCAGACAGGAAGGCGUUGGGAGGUUAGGAGCGACAGCGAGGCUGAGGAGGAGGCCGAGGAUGAGCGGGUGCCCCUUCAUGAUCGCAGAGGCCGGACACAUGACGACGAGGAUCGUGGGGGGAAGAGGACUCCUUCCGACGCCGGUAUCCGCCCCCGCUCGCUGUUGGUGCUCCGCACACACGACUUUGACGUCGUAGGGCUUGGUGGGAGCUUGGGAGAUUUCAGUGUCGAGGGACGUCGACGUGCCUCACCGUCAGAGGUGCCCACCAAAGCGGACGUUGUGCAGGGCCCUGUUGAGACUGAGGAGGAGAAGGAUGCCUGUUUGGACCGAGAGGAGGAGGAGUGGCUUGGGAGUUUGCCACGAUGGGAGGGUCAGUUCACAUAUCUUGACGAGCAGCGUCGACAGAGGGAGUUGGAGACAGGAGGGGGGGGAGGCUGUCACGUCGACGACUCGGGUGUCCCUGAGGAGGCAGUUCAGGGGGAGUUUAAUGAUGAGGGAGAGGAUGUUGCCGCGGGUGGUGGGUCAGGUGGUGGACGACGCGGCGACGGGGAGACCGCGGGUGAUGAGAGGCAGGAUGUUGUCGUGGGCGGUGGGUCCCCUAGUGGAGGGCGUGGCGACAGCGAGCCCGCGGGUGAUGAGGGACAGGGUGCCGCCAUGUGUGGCAGAGGAGAGGGUGGACCCGGUGGAGAUGGGGAUAUUGCGGGGGUCGGGAGAGACGAUGGACCGGACGAAGAUGAUGACGACGACUACAGUCCCGAGGACGAUGCGUAUAGGCUCGCCCUUGGUGUUGAGGGAUCCCACAGUACCUCCCUUGCGCCCCGACGACUUAGCGCACACUUUCUUCGACGUCGACGCUUUGGCGCAAGCGUUGACGGAUGACCGUUUUGCACACACGGGCCGCAGGAGCGGCAAGAGGUGGCCCCCUGGAGGGGAAUAUUCACCGCCGCCGUUCGUGGUGCAGAGCCCUCGAUGGUCGGGUUCAUCGCUUAGCGGCGUGAGAGGGAGGGAGUCCGGAGCGAGUGAGAUGGGGUCCGGCAGAUGCAGCGACGGCGGCAGAGACAUUGCAGAAUCGA